AGGUGCUAGCAUGGAUGUUUCUAACUUCGCCGCUUUGAAGAAGAAGUUGGCCAGAGAGCCAAAAAAGAGGAAGGAGGCGGGGGGUCAGAAGCCCGUCGAUGAUUUCUUCCAGAAGGAUGGGGCAUCUCGGGUCCCGGAGGGGGAGGGACCAUCCAAAACAGUUGAUACCGGAGCUGGUGCCGGGGGCUCCAAAGGGGAGGAGCUCAAGAGAAAGAACUCCGGGAAGGGUGUCGCCCCCCCGGAGAACAAGAAACAGAAGAAGGGGGCCCCCGGGAGGAAGGAUGCCCCCAUAGUGAUAGUUGAGGAGCAGCCUUCCUCGAAUCCUUCCGCGACUACCCCUCCUCGAUCUCCUCCAUCCCCCAUAGACGAGGGAAUCCGCCCGGCGGAGAUCAUCCAGUUCCCUGUCAAGUCGGGGACCUCAGUCAUGCAUGGCACCCUUCAUCCUGUCGGCUUCAUGAGGGGGGUCAUGGCGCCGAAGGAUAGGUCAGUGCUGGCCCGCCUCGGGGACGACAUCCUCGAUUACAAAGUCGCGAGCUACAGCACUAUGGCUGCCUUGGCUGCUUCCGAGCAGGCCCGAAGGGUUGAACAGCUGAGGAUCGCCAAAUGCCAGGCGGACGAGGCCCUGAAGAAAGCUGAUGAGGAGAAGGUCACCCUUAGGCAGAGGGUUGCUGACGUGGAGGCUAGCCUUCGGCUGGAGAAGGAGGCCAUGGAGCAGAGGCUAAAAGAUGCCGAGGCUAAAGGGAAGACUGCCGCUGAAGAAGCCGCCGCUGUUGCUGCCAAGGCUGCUGCCGAGGCCGCCGAGAUAGAAAAGGCCGAGGCGGUGGCCGAUGCUGGGAAGAAAGCAAUCGAAUCUUUCCUUGCCGAGGGCUGGGCGGCGGCGGACCACGAAGGGUGGGUGACCUCCGUGGUGGAGCAGAAGGUAGACUCCUGGGUGAGAGGCCCCGGUGCUGAAUGGCUAGCCCGGAAGGGCAAAGAUUAUUAUGAUGGUGGGGAGUUCUUCACUCAAAACCUCAUAUACAGGAGGCUAGCCAGGCAUUUCAAAAUCGAGCCGAAGGAAUUUGACCCGGCAGCUUACGGCCUUCCCCCUCUGCAGCCAGAUGUCAGGGUGCCCCUCCCCCCAGGUGAAGAGAGGCCGGAUCUUGAAGAUUCCGAGCUUAUGCAAGAGGCUGGUGGCGAGGAAGUCGAGGACGAUGCCGCUUCCAAGACGAAGGGUGAUGUGGGUCAACAAGCUCACCCUUGAAGUCUUCCAAGUUCAAAUUUUGUAAUAGUCCGUAGGUCCCGGCUUUGGCCAUAUCUUGUAAUGAAACACAUUUUUGUACUUUGACAACUUUCCAUGUUGAAUGGAUGAUAUGCCCCCGGGUUCUUUUAUAUGGAUGCCUCCUUUAUUUUGAAUUUA